AUGUUUCUCUACUUGCUGAUCCUGGUUGCGUACCGCAGUAGCAGAUGGAUACCCAGGAAUCAGAGGCUCAAGUUCCAAAUUGUCAACGUGGUGUUCAUGGCCCUCGUGCUGGUCCCUCAGCUGUACGUCAUAGCAAGGCCCACGUCGGCAAGAUAUUGCAGGCAGCCCUUAUUGAACAGCUUGACCGCUUCUAUCAGCCUGUCCUUCAUCGCCUCAGGCUUUUCGGUGGUCUUGACACUUAUAGAAGUAGUCCCUCAGGGCUUGUGGGCGUCCUGUCACGCAUUUGGACUGCUAUCGUUUGGGCACGGGGUGUGCUGUGUCAUCCUGACAUUCACUGCAGCUGAAUGCGCCAAAACCACACCUGAACUGUACCAUAUGUCUCUUUUCAUCACAGUGGCAUCCAUUUUGAGCACAGAGUUUUUAUUUUGUCUUUGGUACGUGUUGUCCCGCGGCAGUCAUUUUGCGUACACCCCACACGAUUCUUUUCCACAGAUAUGUGUGAGGUGCGCUGGCAGUCAAAGGCGGAUUGUGGCUGACAAAAAGGCAGCGACAAUGAGCUAUAAAAGCAGUCCAGCUGUCUCACAUGGACAUCGGAUAGUACUCGCAUUUCAUGCGGUUUCCGUGCCGCCGGCGAGACGGUAACUCAAAACCAUGGGAAUGAAAGAAGAG